GAAACACCCGAACGUAUUUAUAAAAGCCAAACGCGUACGUUCCGCACACCUAGUGAUUUGCCGGACAUCCACCAUGAACCACUAUUAUUGGGCAUCGUCGUUGUUGUUGCUCUUCGCCGUCGUGCAGCAUUCGGAUGCGUUCAAGAUACCAGGACUUUCGUCCGGCGGUAGCAAUAACCGACCGCCACCACCGGCCGGAAACAGGGCGUCCAAUGUCGGCGGCGGCCACAGGGGACCGGAAUCCGAGUACAUGGGGCCGGUGUUCAUAAUCCGCGAGCUGGACAAGGACAAAGGCGAGUACGACGCGUUCGUGACGACCGGCGGCAUACAGGAAGUGAGGCCGCCGCCGAUGAGCGACCGGUCGCUGCCGCCGCAGCAAGGCAAGCCGUCCGCGACCAGGGAAGACGAGGACGCCGAGCACUUCGGCGUGCUGGUCACGCCCGAAACGGUCAAGCGGCUGGACCGCGACGAGAAGCUGAGGAUGUCGUCCGUCAACGUCACCAUGGCCGUGCUCCUGUCGGCCGCCUCGUCGCGCAUGCCCUGGCUGCUGGUCCUGCACCGCAAACAGUAUCCGCACCUGUUCGAGUACCAGCAACAGCAGCCCUCGCAGUCGCACCAGUACCUGCAAGCGCCACAGCCACAGCAGCAACACCAGCAACAGCAGCAACAGCAAUACCAGCAACAGCAGCAGCAGUACCUCCAACCGGUGCAGUCGGAAGCCGUGCAGACGGACGGCAGCAUCCCCGCGGGCGUGCAGCAUCCGCAGAUCCCGCAGCGCCGUCGGUACCAGAUGGACAGACAGCGCCGGUCCAUCCUGUACUCCGACGACAGCCGAGCGCCGCCGAUGCCGUUCGAGCACCAGCUGCUGUCCACCAUGUGCUACAACUUCGUCCGGGACUACUACUCGGCCGAACAGUCGCCGCCGAGGCUGCCCAUCGCUCUGGCCGACUCCGCCGAUUACGCGGACGACCGACGACAACCGGAACCGGAACCGUACGGCCGGUACCGGCAAGACGGCUACUUGGACGCCAACGCUUACGCGGCCGCGGCCACAGCCACCGGCCCUUCCGGUCGCGCACAAAAGUCGCAGCCGCCGCAGCCGUUCUCCUCGACCGUCCGACCGGAAGAACAGCAGUCCGACGGCGUGGUCGUCGGCAUGACGAUCCCGAAACGCGUUUCCUAGACUCGUACCGACAACCGCGGCGCGGCGGCCCGUCGAUAUUUUACGAUUUUCUCUUAUUCCUCGUCGCCAGUAGUUUAGUUCAUCACGGUAUUCCGGAACUCGCGUUCGCGCGUCUGUCCCACAGCACCGACCGCUGUGCAUAUUAUCAUCAGCUGUUAUUCGCUUAUUUUUUUCUAUUUCAUUUGUCGCGUUACCACCGAUAACGCCAUUACGCGUAAUUAUAAUAUCAUUAUAAUAAUAUAUUAUUGUAUAACGCACGAAUUAUAUUAAUAUCAUGACUAUAUGCCAUAAAUAAAACUUUCUAUAUUAUAUAACAUGUAAA